UUGAUUCUGUGUGUAGGUGACUAUGAUGGUAAUACCUUAUUUUGUGGUUAAAUGUUAAUAUUACAGUUGGCUGUGUAGGGAUAGUCUUAGAAAUAAUAACACUAAUAAUAAUCAUAAUAACAAUAUAUUUGCCGUAAAUCUCCAUAAUAGUAGUAAGUUCAUGUGAGUGAGUGCACUGUGCAGUUCUAGUGCUGUGCCUGUUUAAGGAGCUGUAGCAGCUCAGCUAGCCUAGCAGCAGCCCAUGCACAUAAACACACACAUAUCUCUCUAAUUGUCAUAAGGCUGCAAACAUGAAUCUGUUACUGGUUUUCUUCGUGCGCCUGUGGUGUUUGGAAAAUUAUUCGUUUGAACCGCUGAGAUCUUACCUAAAGCCAACCACUCCUACACAUCCAACUCUUCCAAAUUGAUAUAUGACAAUAUCUACUUUCGAUCACGUGUCUGCGGGGCGACUUAGACGGAUUGCGCGUCAUCUCGCCUUCCCAAAUUUUUCCCUUCUGCUGCAGCUCGUAUCCAAAACAUCUAUCUAUAGUGCGGAGUACGAGAGAGAGAGAAAGAUGUUUAACUCGGUGAAUCUGGGCAACUUCUGCUCCCAGACGCGCAAAGACCGGACAUCCGAGUUUGGGGACAGGACGGGCUGCGCGUCCAACAUAUACCUCCCCAGCUGCACUUACUACGUCCCCGAGUUUUCUGCCGUCUCCUCGUUCCUUCCACAGGCCCCGUCCCGGCAAAUCAGCUACCCUUAUUCCACAAAUCUGUCUCAAGUACCGCCGGUACGGGAAGUUUCCUACGGCUUGGACCCUGCUAGUAAAUGGCACCACAGAAGCAAUUAUGCAUCGUGCUACUCGGGAGAGGAUCUGGUGCAUAGAGACUGUCUUCCACCAUCCACCAUGACAGAAAUGCUCAUGAAGAACGAGAGUGUGUACAGCCACCACCAUCACCAUCACACCCACCCGGGCUCCAAUCACCCCUCCACAGGUUUUUACUCCGGCGUGGGGAAAAACAACGUCCUCCCGCAAGGUUUCGAUCGCUUUUUCGAGACGGCGUACUGCAGCAGCACGGACAAUCAGUCAGACAAUUGUUUACAAAAGGGCGAGGGGGGAAAGCUGGAAAGCGACCCCCAGCAGCAGCAGACCACAGCCUCGGUACCCGGAGCUCCUGAGCAGGAAAAAGACCCAGAGGAUGAGGAGGAACAUACAAAUUCGGGCUCGUGUACUUCUUCCUCCGCAACAACCAAGGACGGCACCGCCAGCAAGAGCAGCCACUCGAGCACUCCUCGUACAAGGAAGAAGCGGUGUCCAUAUUCCAAGUUUCAGAUCCGAGAGCUGGAGCGGGAAUUCUUCUUUAACGUUUACAUCAACAAAGAGAAAAGGCUGCAGCUCUCCCGAAUGUUAAACCUCACCGACCGCCAGGUUAAAAUCUGGUUCCAAAACAGGAGAAUGAAAGAGAAGAAGCUGAGCAGAGAUCGCCUGCAGUACUUUUCUGGAAACCCCCUGUUGUGAGCAUGGAGCAGAAAAAGUGUCACAGUGUUGGUCAGUGACAUUAAGGCCUUCUCAUGUCUCAUUGAAUUGUAAUCGUGGGCAUAACCAUUUUUUAAAGGAGCCCACAUCACCAACAGUGCAAUGUUAAAGCGGACAGUGGGAGUCAUAGGCCUGCAUGGGAUAAAGUCGCCAUUUUCUUAUUGCCCCUCGGGCGGCGGUGAAUUUCUAUUGCUGGUCCCCAGAAAUAAAGGCCUCCAUAGAAUAAUCAUUUAUACCUAAUGCUGUUCUUGAAUAUUUCCCUCUAUUUAUCACCAUUCUCCAUCGUGUUUAUUCUAUUGUUCAUAUAAACAUAUUUGUUGUUAAAAUAUCAAAUGUAUCUGAAAAUUUGAAUCCGUAUUGCGCAGACAACUUUGAGCUCUUCCCUUCUCUCUGGUCUUUGUAUAUAGUAUAUCAUUAUCUUAUUGUUUCUCGACCAGAGUUUAAACAAGUUAUAGCAAAUCUCCAGGCUGCAUUUUUCUUUUCGCCAUCGAGAACUGUGACGUCCAAUCUGUGAAAGUAUAUCCCCCCCCCUGUACAGAGUAGCCUAUGCAAUGUGCAUUCGUGACUGUAAAUAGGCGUUUGUUGAAUUUCCUUUCCCUCUUUCUCCCUGCUGCUAUUUUUCAGUACACCAUUCAACGUUUAACAGCUUUAAUGCCAACACUCGUUAAAUUAUUUGCUCAAACAUUGGUGCUUUGGGUUCCAGAGAGGAGGAACAGAUUGUUGGCCUGUGUAUCAUUAAUAUAAUACAUAUUAAAUAAACAGAACCAUAUAGGCAAAACAUAA